UAUAGAGAACAUACACAACACAGUAGUCCAGAAUUGUAAGCUAGGGUUUUAGACAGCGGAAAUCAUGGUGGCAGGUUUAAGGUAUUUUACAGAUAGAUCGGACGACGGCGCCGCCGGUGCACCUCUUCUAGAUACUGUCAACGGCGAGGAGCUUAUGCAUGUCCAGCCGGCCGUUUCCAUUGUUCUCGGCAACCAUCCUCCCGAGUCUCCUGGCACGCUCUACAUCUCUACCAAACAAGUGAUAUGGUUGAGCGAUACCGAGAGGACAAAAGGCUACGCUGUUGAUUUCUUGUCGGUGUCUCUUCAUGCGGUGUCUAGGGAUCCUGAGGCAUUUACAUCUCCCUGCAUAUAUACACAGAUUGAUACAGGUGAUGAAGAUGAUGAUGAUGAAAGUUCAGAUUCAGAAUCUAAUGAAAUAUUGGAUUUAUCAAAGAUCACCGAAAUGAGACUAGUGCCUUCAGACCCUAAUCAAUUGGAUGCUCUCUUCGAUGUGUUCUGUGAGUGUGCAGAGCUCAACCCUGAACCUGUUGAAGAGGAUGAACCUGAGGAGCAUAAUUGGAUAUUCAGUGCAGAUCAGCUGGGACCUGCCAUGGGUAUAAUAGAUGGAGUUGAUCAGGAAUGGGAUUCUUCACAAACUCAUUUCACCACAAUUGGUCAUCCAAAUGGAGAUCAUGAUCUAGCACGCAAUGUGCUUGAGCUUCAAAUAAAUGACCAAAGGUUUGAGGAUGCUGAAGAAAUGGAGAGCAACAACAGAAAUGGUGACCAACAAUGAUCAUCUUCUGGUUACUUGCUCAAAAGCAACUUGACAUGUAACGUUUUUUAAUGACAACUACCAAGUUUGGUACAUGAUGAUGCAAGGUUUGUAGUUUGUAGGAGUGUGAUUUAUAAACUUGUUCCUCUUGCAACUGACUUUAUACAGUUUUUCAGACUCUUCUAGUUCUUGAUGUUUUUAAAGUU